ACCUGUUCUUACAAUUUAGUUUUGUUCUGAUAAAAGGACGUGGUAUGGUAUGUCUCUCGUCUGGUGUUAAAUGCAAUUAUCGAAGUAACCUGACGAUCGCAAUACACCUCAGACCAGUACGUAUUGUAAUACAGAGCAUCAGGGGACCUUUGAGGUGUUUUAAAAAUAUAAAUUUUAAAUUUUAUAUUUGGUUUAUAUGACUAAAUAAAUAAGACAAGAAGGAUUUAUUUUGAGACCCAGUAAUUUAACAAUAGACGAACAGUUUUUACAUCUGUGUCAACAAGAAACUGUCAAUGGCUUAAAUUGACAUGUUUAAUAAUUACUUUUUAUUUUUGCUAUUUCUGCUUUGCGUUUUCUGCGACAGCAAUGACGGCACUUCAUAUCGCAAACAUCGAUAUAAAAAUCGCAAUAUACGGCAUUGCAAACUUAGACCGUCCACUAGUAUCGAACCUUUUUAUACCAAGCAUAUUAUGGAAAGACUCUUAAAAGGAUUGAUUGGAUUGUAUUUUUGCCGCCAAGUAGGUGAGAUCGGACUCGAUCUGCUUAUAGAUUUGCCUAUUCCAUUAGUCGAGUAUCAAGAACAACACUUAAAAGCGCGAACAGUAUGUUAUGACGUCGGAGGAUGGCCGAUUCAUCCAGAUACUGGCGAACGGACUGUCAGAGUUUUACCAAAGAAAUCUGAAUUCUGUUUGAACGUUGUUUUUUUGUUGGCUUAUCCUUUGACCUUUGUACUCCAAUUGUGCUCAAUGUUUUUUUGCAUUGGUCGCGAAUACAAGGAAGGUGACGAAACGUGUUUUAAAGAAGUCAAUGUAAUAAAAUUUAACGGAACCAACAUGACCUGCUCGAAUGGGCCACAGGUUGAUAUAUAUAACGAUGAUGAUUUACGAGAAGCUAGGGAUACUAAAUAUGUCAUUAAUAUGAUGAAGCAAAGUCAAAUGUCGUUAGCGAAGUUAAAUAGCCAAAAAUAA